ACCAGUCCCGAUAGUCGAUACUUUUAUUAGAAACAAGACUGAAAACGUGGACGGAGAAGAAAAAACGGAGGCCAAUUAUAGGAAAUAAGGUGCACAUGUGAAUUUUUUUGAACGUGCUGGAGUGUUUGCAGGGGUGGAAAGGUCUCUCUGUGUGUUUGCUGUUCAUCAACGAUAAGUCUCCUGGGUGCCAACAACAGCCCGAGGCCAUCAUCGCAGCUUGACUAUCAAGAAGUCGACCGGACGGAAUCAGAGUCUAACAGCGCUCCUAAGAAAUAUCUGAGCGGGGUGGGAAACGGGAUGCUGGGCGAGGGAGAGGGGGACGCCUUCACUAAAACCGGGCCCGAUGGGAGGAAAGGCUCUCCGGUGCUCGGUGAGGACGAGUUGACGAGCGGUCGGCGUUACAACAUAGAUGAACUUGGCUCUGACAGAUACUUCAUCUCGUCCUCCCAGGCGAGUUCCGACAUGGCAAGCCCCUGUUCCCUCUUUCCCUAUGCAGGACAGACCGGGUCGGUGUACACCGGGUCCAGCAGCUCCAGGUAUCCGGCUUCACUUCAUUACGGAUCCGUCCUGCCGCCAACAGGCUUCUCCUCCUCUUCCGUGUGCACCGGACGGAGCCAGUUUAGCAGCGGAGGGUACCAGUUCAGCCAGGGUCCGGGCUGUUUGUACCCUUCCUAUCCUGGGACGGGGACGGGUAUUGGCUCCAUGUCUCUGCCGGGUUCUGCCGCCGGAGCCAGAGCGCAGGUCUAUCUCUGCAACCGGCCUCUGUGGCUGAAAUUCCACCGGCACCAGACCGAGAUGAUCAUCACCAAACAGGGCAGACGGAUGUUCCCAUUCCUCAGUUUCAACAUCACUGGACUCAACCUCACGGCCCAUUACAAUGUCUUUGUAGAAAUUGUUUUGGCUGACCCCAAUCACUGGCGCUUUCAAGGAGGAAAGUGGGUCACUUGUGGAAAAGCAGAUAAUAAUAUGCAAGGUAACAAAAUGUAUGUUCAUCCUGAAUCCCCGAAUACUGGUGCUCACUGGAUGAGGCAAGAAAUCUCUUUUGGCAAAUUGAAGCUGACCAACAAUAAAGGGGCCAACAACAACAACACACAGAUGAUUGUCUUGCAGUCUCUUCACAAAUACCAGCCGCGGCUGCACAUUGUUGAAGUGACAGAAGACGGAGUGGAGGACAUGAGCAACGAGGCCAGAACUCAGACCUUCACCUUCCCAGAGAACCAGUUUAUAGCCGUCACUGCUUACCAGAACACAGAUAUCACACAGCUGAAGAUCGAUCACAACCCAUUUGCAAAAGGCUUCCGGGACAAUUAUGACUCGAUGUACACAGCCCCAGAGAGUGACAGGUUGACUCCAUCCCCCACAGACUCUCCUCGCUCUACUCAGAUUGUGCCCGGGGCCCGCUAUGCCAUGCAGCCUUUCUUUCAGGACCAGUUUGUCAACAACCUGCCUCAGAACCGCUUCUACACCGGCGAACGGGCCGUUCCCCAAACCAACAGCCUCCUCUCCCCACAGAGCGAGGAUGCCAGCGCGGCUGCCUCUGCCCAGCGCUGGUUCGUCCCCCCAGUCCAGCAGCCGGGCUCCAACAAGCUGGAUCUGUCGUACGACAAUGACUAUUCCACCAGCAGCCUGCUGUCCUACGGCAUCAAGCCCCUAUCCCUACAGACAUCCCACGCCCUCAGCUACUACCCAGACUCGGCCUUUGCUUCCAUGGCAGCAGGCUGGGGAACCAGAAGCUCUUACCAGCGCAAGAUGACCACGGGCCUGCCCUGGUCCCCCCGUCCAAGCCCCCCAGCCUUCCCGGAGGACCAGCUGGGGGCCACUAAAGACAAGCUGCCUGAGGAGAGCGCGCCACCGGCCUCGGCCUGGAUCGAGACGUCCCACUCACUGAAAUCGGUGGACUCUACCGAUUCUGGUGUGUACUCCAUGGUCUGCAAGAGGCGCAGGAUGUCCCCUGGGGGCUCAAGCACAGAGAACUCCCCAACCAUCAAGUGUGAAGACUUGACUACGGAGGAUUACAACAAGGACAACCCAAAAGGUGCCAAAGCUUAGUGUUCCCCCAAGCAAGCUGCACAAGGUUUUUUUCCCAGGCCAGCCCCUCACAUACCUGAGCAGAAACAUGCAUAGUGAUUGUUGUUUUUGAAAAAGCAUGUCCCUUUUUAUUCAUUUAUUUUUACAACUUUUUUUUCUUUCUUUUUUUUUUUUUUUUUUUACAAAUGUGAUUUUUUAUUUUUCUGCCCCUGCGUAUUUAAGUCAUUUUCGUUGUACAGUAUUGGUGCACUUUAGAAUGUGAUGUAUCUUGUACAAAUUGUCUUCUUGGAGGUGUUAUUAAAUGGAUAAUAAAAACAGCUUUUCAUAAAGCAUUGUCCAAAUGUC